AUGACAUUAAAGCAACAACUGCUUUAUUUACCAAAAGCAAACGUUGCAUACACUUCAUCAAGUGGCAACUCCGCUUGUAAUAAAAUUAAGUGGAACUCCAGUGAAAAGGUGUUCAGCUGUGUGCAAAGAAGAAGCAUAGAAUGCGGACUACCCGCGCCACGUAUUUUUAACCCAUCUUUUUAUGCCCGGAGAAAACAAUACAGUAAAGCUCAUAUUGAAGAGGAUCUGCACUGUUCUGGUGCAUUUUAUAAGGACCAUUAUAAUGCUGCAAUGGAACAAUUGGCAGCUCUUAACUUGUCCAAAAAUACUAGGACAUCACAGCUCAGCCCAAAUAGCUGCAGACAAGCACCAUAUCAUUCCUGGAGCUAUAUACAUAACCAAGGCAACAAGGCAGUGAGCAGAGACUUCCAUAGACGAUUUGGGGAAAUGCCGUCUAGCUCCAGUGAUGUUCCUAUAAACUUCAUCCACACUAAUCCUCUGGUACAGUCUUUUAUAAAGAGAUGCCACACAGUUUCUUAUCUUGAAACCCAGAAAGCAACUUUGGAGAACUGCAAUAGAAAUGGAGAUGGGGAUUUUUUAAAAAACGAAGCCAUUGCUCCUGCUGCUUAUCCUGCUACAGAUGGUAGUAGUGAUGACAUGCUUUCUGUAAUCAGAUCGAGUUUGAAAAGAGGAAAUGGCAGUGUAGAGGACAAGCCUUCAAUAGAAAAAGAGAUAUCUGAAAAUGAGAAAAGAAGUAAAGAGUUGCUGAAAUAUUUAAAAACCGUGAAUGUUAACCUAAAACCGGAUCCUAUAGAAGUCAAGGAAGAAGUUUCCUCUGAGAGUGAUACAUUUUCAUACCCUGAUUUUCUUCCCCCGCCUUACAAUACCUGGGAUUUACAAAAAAUGUCCCCAUCAAAAUUUGAUGAAUGGAAAUUAUCCUUUAAUCCACCUCUCGAAGAAUCACUUUGUAAACUAAUUUCUCGUCUGGUGGAAAUGGAGAAGUUACAACACUUGACGAUAUUAAAAGAAAGGACAAGGGAGACCGUUUCUCCCACUAUGGCGGUUAACAACCGCACCAGUUUUUCAAAAGAUGCACACCAGUUUAAGCAACUGAAGCAUUCCGAUAGUUCAUGUCCUCAGGCAGGUUUUGAUGGAGAUCUUCACCAUUUUGGCUGUUGCAUGCAAGAAUUGGACAUGCCAAAAUGCACUUGCCAGCGCUGUCAUAGUAAGUGGAAUUCUGGAGCAUCAUCCCCUGCACGUCCGUCCACAAAGCCCUGCCGAGCAUCGUGCAGUAGGUGCAACAAGUGCUCCAAAGCUCCAGUAAUCUUAGACUCAAGAAAUGUACCUGCACGGAGAGCUCUGUCGUGCUCUGGAAGCUCACCAAAAAUCCGAUCAGCUGUCAAAACAACUUCAACAAAGUUGCUUUUACCCAGUUCAGCUGUAGCUUACUCCUUAGCUGACAGCGAAAGUUCGAAAUGGAAGCAGCCACGGACAAAACGAAAACCUUGUAGAAAAAAUGGAGUGUUAAUGAGUAAACUAAAAUCCAUGCCUGUUAUUUCAAAAGAAAAAUGCCCGCCUGCUGACCAGCAAUGA